AUGUCAGAGAUACAAAGUAGAGAUGAAGAAGGUGAUACUUUGGUUAGCUUAGGUAAUGGGCAAUCUCAGUACGUAAAACUGAAUGUUGGUGGAGCGCUUUUCCAAACCACUUUGACUACUUUGCUGAAGCAUGAUACGAUGCUGCGUGCUAUGUUUUCCGGGAGGAUGGAAGUUUUGAAAGACAUCGAUGGUUGGGUAAUGAUUGACCGUUCUGGAAAACACUUUGGAACCAUCCUCAAUUUCCUCAGAGAUGGAAAUGUACCAUUACCAGAAUGUCGGGUUGAAACCCUGGAAAUCCUUGCCGAGGCAAAGUAUUAUCUUAUUCAGGAUCUUGUUAUACUUUGCCAAAAUUGGUUAAAUGUGUUGCGUAAAGAUGAGGAUGGACCUAUAGGAACUUGCAAGGUCCCAGUACUGAGUACUAAAAAGGACUGUGAUGCGGUUAUUGCGGGUUCUUCAAAGCCUGUUAUCAAAUUGCUGAUGAAUCGUCAUAAUAACAAAUUUUCCUACACCUCUCAGUCUGACGACAACAUGUUAAAAAAUUUGGAGUUAUUCGACCGAUUGGUUGUGCGCUUUGCAAACAGAGUUUUGUUUAUAAAGGACGUCGGAGUUGAAAAUGCCGAAAUAUGCCAGUGGAGUUUUUUCGGGCAAGGGAGGAAACAAGCAGAGGUCUGUUGCACUUCCAUCGUUUAUGCCACAGAUAAGAAGCAUACUAAAGUGGAGUUUCCUGAGGCACGAAUUUUAGAAGAGGCAAUGAAUGUUCUACUCUUCGAAGAAAGGAAUGUGUGCUCUAGAUGUGGUAGGGAGAAAGGUCGUUGUUCUCCCGUCGGGAUCUCUGCCCAGCUUCAGCUUCCACCCAUUACGUAUUCUAGUCACAGCGCGUCUGUUUCGCCCCAACUAACGCCAUCUCCUUUGAACAGCGAAGCAGGGUUACAGCCCGGCACCGUGUUUGAUGAUCGGAGACGAAUUGACUGA